AUGAAAUGUGUUAAAUCCAAAAAAAUAGUUAGCAAAUUUUUAAAAUGUGAGGCUUGUUCAACUUAAAAUUACUAUUAGUUUUAACAUUAUUGUCAUGGAACUAUUAAUGAGAUCAAUUAUUUCCCUAAAUUUCAAUUAAACUAAUCAGCUUAUAAAGAAAUAAAUAUUGUCAUAUCAUCUGAUAAAAUCACCGUUACUUAGAUAUUACGUAACCAACAAGUGUCGAAUAAAAUACUGUUAGAAAUCUAAAUUUAAGCUUUAUGA